CAUAAGAAGACGCAUCCGCCUUUCAAAGCACUUUCGCUCUUCGACGGUCCCUGAUCUCCACAUCCGAUGGCGCACCGAAUUCCCAAAACACUUUUAUACGCGGUUCCUGCACCGCGGCAAAAUUUUUCGUGCGCCCUUUCGUCUACCCUGGCAACAACGACCGACGCAGAUUUCAUCAAGGACCACGCGAAACCAUUCUCCAGCAUUCCUCAGCCACCAAAAAUUCCACUUUUUGGACACACGCUUCUCUACCAUGCCCUCGGACCGUACAAAAUUGAAAAGUAUCAUGAAGCCUUACGAGAUUUAUACAAAAAGUACGGCCCAGUUGUGCGCCAGCAACUGCAAGGAGGCGCUCAGGGCGAGGUGGUGCACGUGUUUGAACUGGAGGACAUAGCAAAGGUCAUGGCUGCUGGUGGAGCAGCUCCUGUGGUGCCCCCAAUUCAGGAAGGUUCACGACUUUACCGAUUGAUGAGAGGGCACGCCGUUGGACUUGGAAACAUGAAUGGUGAACAAUGGAAGACUCUGAGAAAAGCGUCUCAACAGCAACUUUUGAAGCCCAAUCACAUAAAUCAAUUUUUACCGAGCGUGGAAAAAGUUUCGCAAAUUCUCAUUGAUGAGUUGAGAGCACGAAGAGAUAAAGACGGCGCCGUUGAAAACUUCUACACCUUGAUCGCCAAGUGGUAUUUGGAGAUCUCUGGAGCGAUUAUGUUUGAAAAACCACUGGGCGCCUUGAACGGCAACUUGAGAGAGCAAGACGAGGCGCGCGAAUGGGUCCAGGCCAACAUUGACAUUUUCAGACUCAAUUCAAAAUUGAAAGUGGCGUCGCCGCUUUUCAAAGUUUUCCCCAUCAAGCCAUGGCGCCAGUUAGUCCGCGCUGAAGAGAAAUUCCACCAUUUUGUCGAAAAAUACCUGGUUGAUGCAUUGGGCAAAAUAGAACAAUUGGCGAAUGCCGGAGGACUUGAUGGAAAGUUUAACUUUUUGACGACGAUGCUGUCGAAAGAACAGAUUUCCCGGAAGGACAUGGUCUUUUUCAUCCAUUCUAUGUUUUCAGAGGGACUUGCUACGGUGCCAUCGACCAUGCAGAGCUGUAUCUACAGUCUGAUGAAACAUCCCGUUGUGCAGGAAAAAUUGUAUGAUGAAAUUAGGCAAAAUGUUGAUUUGCUGCAGGAAAUUACCCCAGAAAUUUUGGACAAACUGAGCUACACAAAAGCCGUGAUCAAGGAAACCUUCAGGAUGUUUCCGUUGGGCACAGAAUUAUCUAGGGUCGCCCAAAAAACUUUGGUGCUUGGAGGAUACGAAAUUCCACCUGGAACGGUGAUCGAUUUAAACCAUUCUUCGCUGCUGAGGUCUGAAAAGUAUUUUCCCGAGCCAAACAAAUUUAUCCCUGAACGUUGGCUUCGAGGGGACGAGCAGGCAACGCAGAACGCGAUCUUGCUGACCCCCUUUGGCCACGGGGCCAGAAUGUGUGUUGGUCGCCGAUUUUCGCAGCAGGCGAUGCACGCUGGCUUGGCCCGACUUGUGCAGAGGUUUAAAUUCGUGGACGAAAAGAAGGAACACGAUUUGCCUUACAAUCAAGUGUACCAAACGCUGCUUUUCCCGAACAGGGAACUCAAAGUAAAGAUCGAGUACAGGCCCCAAAAUUAAUAAUGCUAAAAAUCGAUAAUCAAAAAUUGAUUUUGACAUUGCUUAUAACUUAUAAAUUAUUAACUGAUGUGUAAAAUUGUAUUGUUUUUGCAAAAAAUUAAAUUAAUGAUGCUUAGAAUUAAAUUUAAGAAGCAUUACAGCAAUA